AUGGUGGAGCGUCCGCCGCCGCGGUCAGUUAUGGAUGAAUUCGGUGUGGACCUCGUCCCGGAAGCUCCAGUGUCGCCUCCCACGUCCCCACAGGAGAAGAAGCCUAUGCCGCGCCCCUACAUUCGUCGCUCACGAUCAUCAUCUUCCACGAUGUCACCGGCUGAAAGUCCUACGCAGAGUCCAAAUCCCGACAAGUCACCAAAUGACGAUCAGAGUAGUGCCGCUACUGUUUUGAGCCCUACAGCCCCCUCGUCGCCGACCGUGCAGUUCAGGGCAUUUUUGAGUCGCAGACUUUCGAACUCCUCUUCGCUCUCCAAGGAGGCAGAAUAG